AUGUCCAGCCAAAGCGACCAAAAAUCCUCCGGCGAGUAUCAAUUUUCAUCGUCUGCUCAAAAACACAUUCAGCCAACCCAUGCCUAUCAAGAUAGAUACAUUCAGCCUGAAGCAGCAGCGAGUCAGGAGUAUCCUCAAAUGAGUGAGCAAACUCAGAACGGUUAUCAGCCAUUGGCGGAAAAUCCAGAAUUUCAGCAAUCAUCGGCAGCAUUCAAGGAUGGGGAUCGCGCGUAUUCAUUUCCGGCGCCGGCGCCUUUUCAAGAAAGCGUUGAAAGCCAGACCGGACAGCAAGGAAAUUUUGGGGGACCACCCAAUGUAUAUUACCAUAUGCAGCCAUACGUCGAGGAACCUCGACAGUACCCUCAAACAGCUGAGCAAGAAAACUAUUCAGUGCCUACAGGACAGCCAAAUUCUUCUUUUCAGCAGCAACCAUCUGACGGCAGUGGUAGUCUUCAACGACAGAGGAGUAGCUUGCCCUCUUAUGGCGCACAAGUUGGUGACCGGUACCUGGCUGCACCACCUCAGGAUACGGAUAAUGACAAUGAAGAUGAUUCAUCAUAUCCCAGUUUUGGGUCAAGACAGUCUUCGAAAUCGAAUGAUAACCAGUACUUAUACUGA